AAACCCUUAACUGCAGGGAUACCGUACUGUAUUGAUUUCACAAGUCAUUCUUGCUAGUCGUGCUUGAGGUUCAACAUCGUUCACCGUACUAUAGCAACCGAAAACUGUUUGAUUUCAACCAUUUUGCAGCACGGAUAUAUUUGAAAUAAGGAAGGAGUUUCAUUGUCGGCACUGAUGAAAGACAUGCAAUUAUUGAAUUUGAAUCUACUUAAUUUUGAGUCAGCAGUCGCCUCUAAUUGUCAGUACGUCCUAACAAGUCCUCGAUCUUUGAAGGCUUGCAAACAAGCUGGAAUUAAGCCAGUGGAAUUGCUCCAUAGGAACUUAUCAGAUAUUGAAGAAGAGUUGAAUUUGCCACGGGAGUAUGCAUUAGUUCUAUUCGAUCAAUAUGAGAAAGAUCGACAAGCAAAAUUGGAGAUUUGCAGAAAAAUAAGAAAUAAGAUCAUUUCUGAGGAGAAUAUCAAUAUCCACCGAACACUGAAUUUUGAAAUCGGAGGAAAAUCGAUCGCAAGUCGUAAGGAACUUCUUAAUAAGGAGAAUAUUUUACGGUCAUCAUCAAGUUCUUCCAGCAAUAACAAUCAACAUCAUAAUAAUAGUAAUAAUAAAAAUGAAAAAAUAUCAUAUUCCAUUCCAAAAGAUGAAGGGUUUUCAAGAAUACAGAACUCAUUUCCGUCAUUGAAAUCCGAAACUAGUACUUCUACUUCACCCACACUCUCCAUCAGUGCUCUUCUCAAUUAUGACUCCAAAACUCAGUCUCUCAAAAGUCAACUUGCUCAGCAAUUCUGUGGGACUUACAGUUCUACUAUUUCACCUAUGUCUACUCCACGACAAGAUUCUUUGUUGAGAUCAAGAGAUGCCACACCUGACAUCAAAGGAUUCAAAGCACCAAUCACACCCAGAAAAAAGCAAUUCAAGAAAAAACAAUUGAAGUCAACAAAAAAAUAUUUAAGAAGAGUGUCGGAUAAUAAUGACAACACACCUCGGAUCACAUCCGACAGAAAAAACAACUGUUUCACCAAAGUUUCAAAUUUUCUCAAUGGUCAAGAGAAAUUACAACGGAAAAAGAAUGCCAAUUCAACGUAUGAGCCGAAUAGAAAGAAAAAAAUGAUACCACUCCUAACAAGCAAGAAGAUAGCUGAAUCCGAGAGUUCUGUAAGUCCCUCAUUACCAGAUGACUGCAAGCUUGAUUACACCUCCAAAUACGUAGAUGCUAUGAUGGAUGAUGAUAAUUACAUUAAAUACAAAACAGAAAUGCCAUUCAAUAGAAAUGAGGGGAGUGAUAAGAGUUCGUUUCCAGCAAACCAUAAACAAAUGAAGAAGAAGACCUCCUUGACUCAAAAAGGUUCUUUGCACAACUCGUCGAUAAUCUCUGCGAAGAGCAGGAAUACACCAACCAGCACUUCAUGUUUCGGUGGUGCUCUUCAAAGAAAACAGCAAAAAAAUAUUUACAGCUUUCUGAAUGUUGACACUCUUCCAAUACCUGAAAAUGAUAGAAGAAUCCUUGAAACUCUCGCACUUAAGAAAGAGCAGGAAUUGGAGAGUCAAGAAAAUGCUCAUCGAGCACAUAUUCUAUGGGAGGCUGAUCUGCAAAGCAAACGAGAGCUUGAAAAUUGGAGAAAGAAAAAAUGGCGAGAAUUUGUGAAUGAGAAGAGAAAAAUAGAAAGCGAGGAUAAUACUCGAAGAAUGGAAGAAAUAAAAGAGAGUCUGAGGCAUUCACAGAGAAUCUUGGAAGAGAAACUGAAGAGAAGAGAUGAAAGAGUAGAGGAGUUGCGGAAUCAAGCAGAACAACGAAAGAUAAAUAGCAUUUUGGAGCAGAAAAUGUUUGAAAUGAGGAAGAAAGCGAUGGUUGAUGCAAAUCUUAAGCAAAAAGAACUCGAUACUGCAAUAUAUCAACAAAAACUACAGCAGGAAUUACAAGAGAAAUUGGAGCGGGCUGAGGCUGUGCGAGAGAAGGAAAGGACUUUUUCCCAUAGAAGAGUUGCAAGCGCUAACCGUGUAGAGGAUCUAAGACACCAAGAGAAUAUGUACGGAUUGAAUGCUGAAAAAGAUCUCAUUCUUGAACAAAAAUGGAGAGAAAUACAAGAAAAAGAUGAAAGAGCCAGACAAAAUUAUCUGGAAAUGCUCAAGCAUAAAGAAAGGCAUAUAAAAGAGAACAGCAUGGACAGAGAAUUCAGAUUUGAAAUGGUGAGAGAAAUGCAGCGAGAAAUGGAGAGAGAUUUCGAGCAAUGGCAGGAUAAAGUGCUUCUACUGCAGUGCUCAGCUAUUCAGAGAGCUAAUUCGUCAGCAAAUCUUCAACUCGAAAGUAAGCGGCUCCAGGUUGAAUGUGAGAACGCUCAUAGACAACUAGAACAUGCGCAUAGAAUUCAAAGAGUAAAAGAGGAGGAACUUAUAAAGAUGCAUCAUAAUGAAAAGGCAGUUGAAUCGAAAGAUCAAAAGAUUAAUUAUCUGCAGAGGAGGAGGCAGAACACCAUGUUAGAGAAAAAAACACAAGCACACAUCACUGCAAACUUGAGGGAUAAAUUAAGACGAACUCUAUCUCCUGAAACGUUUGACCGAAAAGUGGCCAGAGCUGACAUGGAGUUGAGAAUAGGUCAACGGCCCAUCUCAGCAAGUCCAACAAUGACGACAGAAUCGCACAUAAAGCUUGGUUAACUUUACUUCACAUCUGAAUUAAAAAUGUCAAGUUCAACUAUAUUUUCGCCUUCCAAAAUAUAAGUAGUAUGAGAAAA